AUGGUUGGUUUUAUUUGUACGAAGUAUUCUAAUGCUACAAAUGCCGUCUACACAACUGUACGAGCCUAUCAAAAAAUGACAUGCAACACAAUUAAUCCUAACGUUGUUAAUCUACAAUAUGCUGUACGUGGCCCGAUAGUGCAAAGGGCUUCGGAAAUAGAAAAAGAGAUUGCCGAGGAUUCUCACAAAAGGUUCAGCAAAAUUAUACGGUGUAACAUUGGAGACUGUCAUGCUUCUGGUCAAAAACCAAUAAAGUUCAUUCGUGAUGUUUUAGCUGCUGCUACAAACACCGCUGUUAUGGAAAGCAAUUUAGUGCCUGACGAUGCUAAACUGAGAGCCAAACGGUUUUUGGAAAGUUGUGGUGGAAGUGUCGGAGUUUAUAGCCAGUCCACAGGCGUCCAGAUUGUCCGAGAAGAUGUCGCCAACUACAUAGAAUGUCGUGAUCAGUUGGAAGCAAAUCCUGAAGAUAUUUUUCUGUCUACCGGGGCUAGUGAAGCUGUUAAAUCUAUCUUACAGCUGAUAUCUACUUCGGAGGAUGGCUGUAGGCGUGCUGGUGUUAUGGUUCCUAUCCCUCAAUAUCCUCUUUAUUCCGCAACAAAUGCUGAAUACAAUGCUUAUCAGAUUGACUAUAAUCUUGAUGAGUCAAAAGAAUGGCAUAAUUUGGUAGUACUGGCAGAUGAAGUUUAUCAACACAAUAUUUACGCACCAAAUAGAGGAUUUGUUUCAUUUAAACGUGCUUUACACGAUAUUGGUGGACGAAUUGCCAAAGAAUUACAACUAGCAUCCUUUAUGUCAAGUAGUAAAGGCUAUAUGGGAGAGUGUGGUCUUCGUGGUGGAUAUUGUGAACUAGUGAAUUUCCCGGCAGAUGUUCAACAGCAAUUGUAUAAAUGCCUUUCAGCUCGACUGUGUUCUUCGCUUUUGGGUCAGCUGACAAUGGAUGUUGUUGUGAAUCCACCAAAACCAGAUGAACCAUCCUACAGUUCAUUCAUGAAAGAAAAAUCUGCAGUACUUGAAGAACUGAAACAAAAAGCUGACCUUACUACAAAAGCAUUAAACUCACUACCAGGUUUCUCAUGUAAUCCAAUAACUGGAGCCAUGUAUGCUUUCCCAAGAAUCGAUUUGCCCAAAAAGGCGAUUGAAACUGCUAAGUCGAAAGGUAUGGAACCAGAUUUCAUGUAUUGUUUGGGUUUUUUGGAAGAACAUGGAGUAUGUGUUGUGCCUGGUUCUGGUUUUGGUCAGACACCAGGAACUUGGCACUUCAGUGUAAACUGGAGUACUAUAAGCGUAAAGAAAUUGGAUGAAUUUUAUCUAGCGCAUAGCCUCCUCCUCCCCUCUGACAAUCUUACCAGUAUGAUUAUUUUCAGUCAAGUUACAAAUUUUAAUAAGACUCUAUUUGAAUGAAAACAUUCUUUUCAGUGAAUUCUCCUCAAGUUGUUACGCUUAUAAAAUAUUUGUUGUGGUUAUAAUAAUGAUAUUCAUCCAGAUAUGCGAUGGAUACAGUCUAAUGUAUACUAUUGCAACAGCAGAAAACAAGAUACGAAAGCCAAAUCAUAUUUUCAAGUGACUGAACAGCUAUUUAUAUCUAUACUGUUUAUUCUCUUUAACCAAUCACUCAGCCUGAGAUUUCGGUUUAUACUAAACGACACGAAAAAUAGAAUGGUCAAACAUACCUACAGUACUCUGUUGAUAAUGCACUACUGGACUGUGGGAAUAGUAUUCAGGCGUUAACACCAACAAAUACAAUGAUUCUAACUGUGAGGAUAAUAUUCCGUUGGAACCUUUUGGCUGUAUCACACCACCAUACUAUAAUUACAAGUUCAAAAACUAUUAGCUUUUAUUCAGUGAAUGACAAGGUAAAUAUCAUUUGUGUGAUAAACGUAGUGAAUUGAAUGUCAAUAUAAAAUGAAUGAGGUCGACAACUAGUCCUAACAGAUGAAUACAAUGUGAGGAAGAAAAUUUCUUAGGCUAGUUCAUUGUUGUGUCUUUUUUAAAUGGCUAGUAUACAGAUAGUGUGUACUAAACACAGAUGACCUAUACAAAUAUAUAAAUUUCUUUCCAUUGAGCUAUUCACUGACUGGGAUUGUAAAUAAUCAUUCUAUUUUCAUUCUGUCAAAUUGUCGCUUUUAAUUUCUGAUUUAUAUUUCACUAAUUCUUAAUGAUGAUUUCAGUGAUAUUGUGAUCUUUGCC